AUGUCGUCUAUAAAUCCGAGCGAGGUAGGCUCUCAAAGCAUCGAAUGGCAGAAACGGUACCUACAGAAUGAGCUCCAGAAGCUUGGCGGUCUUGCCCUUGGUGCUUAUUACAAACUCCCAGGUCUGAGAUGCUUUCUCUAUCCCCACCAGCUGAUUGCAGUCUCUUUCAUGGUGGAACGUGAAAAGCUGCUCGGCCCAAAGGGCGGCAUCAAUGGAGAUACCAUGGGGCUAGGAAAGACCGUUGAAGUAUUCGGUUGCCUCAUGUCCAACAAGCCCAGUACUGCUGACGUCCGCAGAGGCUACAGGACUACCCUCUGGGUAACCCCUCGGUCUGCUCAUAAGCAAUUGAUGGAUACGAUAGAAAAGGCCUGCGACAAGGAAGAGUUUGCAAAGCUCAAGUUCCAUAACUACGGCGAGAAGGGGACCAAGAGAAUGCAUCCUAAUGCAGCUGUAUCAUACCUCGAGCAACACGAUAUAAUAAUUGCCUCAUACGAGGACAUACGCGAGGAUAUCCAGGGAGUGGUUGCGAAGAGGCUCUGGAAGAGCCAGCGCUCUGUCGCCACCCUUUCCGAAGAAGGUUACCAGAGCCUUGGCGUCUUGUUUAAGAUGGGGUUCUUCAGAGUUGUCCUAGAUGAGGGACACCUGAUAAGAAACCACGAGACUCAUAUCUUUGCUGCUGCGUGGUGCUUGGACGCUAAACACCGUUGGGUGGUUACUGGGACCCCCUUUGUGAAUUCCAUCAUGGAAUCCUACGCUUACAUGAGCUUCCUCCGGGUCAUAUCCGUGGAGGAUUAUAAGGAGUUCAAAAUACAAUUUACAGAGGAAGAGGAUGAGGAUUUUGGCCUCCUUCACGGGCACCUUGAUAGCCUGAUGGUGCGACGAGUUGAGGACGACCGGUGUCUUGGGAAGAAGUUGCUAGAUUUGCCUCCAACCCACAGAGAGAAGGUUGAGGUCAGGCUAGAUGAACACGAGGAAAGGAUUUACAGCACGUUACGUCGCCUUUUUCAAGAUAUUAACAAGAAAGGUGCCGAGGAUACCGCAGACUCCCGAAAGGCGAAACACGACAGAUUUUUCGCCAUCAUCAUGCGUCUCCGACAGGCCUUGUCACACCCUUAUCUGCUUGAACACAUGAUGGAGUACGAGGACGAGCGUCAGACGUUAUUCCAAUUACUUGAUGAAAUUCCGUACCAGUCGGGGCAGAAUCCGUUCUAUGACAUGAUUGACCGCUGGUGCGGGGGCGCCAAAGCAGCAGAACGGAAAAGUCACGAGCUAUGUGGCUACUGCGACUGCACUCCAAAUAAGCCCGUUCGGAUCCCUUCGUGUCCUCACGUGUAUUGUGUCAUGUGUCUGUCCAAGCACGAGCAGACCCAGUUGGACCAGGGCAUACGGCCACCUCGUUGCCUCAUAUGCCAGCAGACUUUCAAGUCGGCCGCUUCGCUAUGUAUUACAAAGCCUAGAAUCUCAAGACAUGGCAGGGAUGACCAAAAACUGGAGCUCAAAGUCGCUGCUACUUCCAGGAGCCUUUCCUAUCAUGAUCGAGAGACGUUCGACGAGAUGGUGCUCAGCGCCAAGAUGAGAGCAGUGAAGGCGACCGUAGUGCGCUGGCAGAGGGAGGCUCCAAGGGAUAAGAUUGUCAUCUUUACCCAGUUUACUCUUGUCGGCAGCAUAAUCGGACGCAUCUUACGAGAGCUUCGUAUCCGGUUUGUCUAUCACUUUGGCGAGAUCAGCCAAGAGAAGCGAGACGCUGCGCUACGUUGUUUUGAGAAGAAGAGAGACGUUAAGGUUCUGAUUGUCUCGAUCAUGAGCGGCGGUAUCGCGCUAAAUCUAACGAUGGCAAACCGAGUCAUCAUUGUCGAACCCUGGUGGAACCGUUGUGUUGAAGACCAGGCCUUUGGUCGUGUCUACCGGAUCGGUCAGACGAAGGAGACGUAUCUGGUCCGGAUCAUGGCUAAGGAUACGAUCGACGAGAAGGUUUACCAAGCCCAGGUGACGAAACACAAGGCCAUCUCCCAGAUCUUGAGCGAAGAGCUGGCCGCGGAGGACAAGACGAGUCUCAGUCGCGCAGAAAUGAUCCGGAUCAUCGACAACCUCACCGCCGCAGAUGAGGAAUCGGACGACUUGACCCCUUGAGUCGCCGGGGGGCGGGUGAAGAUUGCCGCAUUCCGGGCGGGGAUCUCACAUCGCAGUAAAUGAACGUUGCAUGACACCAGGUUCGAGUUGAGCUGCGGAGGUAUUCCAGAGGCCUUGACAGUCUCACCCAAGCCCGUCCUGUGUUCUGCAACUCUUCUUGCGUUGUCGGACUUCAUCACACGGAUGGAUGUGUACACAUAGUUGUCUAAGGACUCUGCGUUUUUGAUUUUUCAGGCGUUCGGUUGGC